ACUAUCAUGGCCGUUGUUGUCAUCAUCAUCAUUUAAAUGUGUGUUACUGAUUGGCCGAUUGGAUGGAUGGAUGGUUUGGUUGGAUAAGCAUUCCGGUUGCAUGUCUUAUGUCUUAUAGCUUGAAAGCAAUCAACCGAGAUCAUCAUCCAACCGGCCAAACAAAAAUGGAUAUUUUAUGCUGUGUAUUUUAUGCGUAUGAUUUGAAUGAUAUUCGGUUUUACCAGGAUAUCGCAUCUUCGUAAUCAUUCAUUGUCCAGUCCGCAUCCAGGAUACGUGUCGAACAUAAGAACAUUCGAAUUUGAAUUCAAAGACAAAAUAUAAAAGAAAAAAAUGAUUUGGCAGUUAAAUUAUCUUUUUGCAUUCAAUAUUUUCAUCUUGAUUUUCGUGUCCAAAUCACCCGUCGACUCUCAUCAUCAUCAUCAUCAGCAUUAUAAUCAAAAACUUCAUGAAAGUCAAGAUCGUGUUACAAACACUACUGCAAUGCAUUCGAUGAGCAAUAUUAAUGAUGGUAAUAACAAAGAGAAAUUAAUGACUCAUUCAAAUCCACCUGAAUCGGAACACAAUCAACUAAAUGGUGAUAAUCAUAAUAAUUCAUUGAACGAUAUUAUAAACCGGCGUAACGAUGUCAUCAUGAAUGCACGAAGAAUUGGUUAUCAUACAAUAAUGAAUACUUUUAUCUAUACAUUAACAUUGAUACCAUUAUUAUUCACAUUGGCACGAACAUUCAACACAUGGCCAAAUGGUUUCAUCUAUACAAGACGAUAUAAACGUGCAAGUUUAAAUGAAUUUGCCACCAAUACACAUUUACCAUUGUUGAAUCGGGAUGAAACGCGAAGAUUUUUAUCACUUCUUGAAACUACUUUACGAAAUAAAAAAAUCUUGGACGAAAAUUGUAAAAAAUAUUAUUCAUGUAAAGUAAUUCAAAAUGCCAUCAAAGCGGAUAAGUUUCCGAAAUUAUCAGAUUAUGAAUGGGCACUAUUGGACAUACUUGGUAUUGCUGUUGAACGUUUUGAUUUUAAAUUGGAUCUAGUUCAAGCUGUAAAAAUGUAUUAUGAAAUUGCAACCAAUGCCCUCAAGGGUGUAUCCUGUGCAUAUAUGUAUCCCUGUUUGCACAAUCAUUACCGUCAUCACAAUAAAGAUAAUAGUCAAACGAACAAGUCAACGAUUACUCUAUAAAAACCAAUAAUUCACCAACAUUGAUUCAGUCGGAAUUAACCAUUAUAUUAUUGACAUUAGAAAAAAAAAAUAUAUAUUCAAAGUCUCGGUCGAUUGUGAUUCAUUGAAUUAACCUGAAAAAGAUGAUAACAAACAAACAAACAAACAAAAAAUGCGGAAGAUAAUCGAAGGCUUCUGAAAUCUAAAAAACCUGUUUGCAAUUACAGUUAAGUUCACCAGAAAAAAUGCAUAUCAAUAUUUUUUCACAACGAAAAAACAACAAACGAUUCAAGACUGGUUUUCAACUCACAUCGUAAUGAUUCAUAAUGGAAAACAAAAAUUUAUGUUUGAAUUUUCUUGUAUGUAUUAUGAAUCAAAAUAAAUAAAAUUUUCGAUGAA